AGCUUUAUUUUCUUAACAAAAUAAAGCUUGAUUAAGUAGAUAACUUUAUAAGAAAGAUUUGAGAUCAUAGCAAAAUAAAAAUUUUUGUUCACAAUAUGGGUGUCAGAGGACUUACAACUUUCAUAGCACAGCAUGCUAAUCAAUAUCUAGAUCCACAUGAAUUACAUGACUGCAAUCUAGUUAUAGAUGGUGACAAUAUUUGUUCCCAAUUAUAUCGUCAAUCUGAUCGUGGAUUGUCAGCAUUUGGAGGAAAUUACGAUGAAUAUUUUCGAGCUGUUGUGGAAUUCUUUCAAAUGUUGAAGAAGUGCAAUAUUACUCCUUAUGUUCUUCUUGAUGGUGGAUAUGAAAUGAGAAAAAUGAAGACUACAAAAGAACGAUUAAGAGCAAGAAUCGGCGUCAUCAAACACAUAAUUCCAUUGGAAAGUUAUCUUGCGAUUCCUCUUCUAAUGCGAGAAGUUUUUGUCAGUGCUACAAAGAGUUGUAAUGUUAAAAUUUACCGAUGCCUUUUUGAAGCUGACAAUGAAAUUGCAAUACUCGCCAGAAAGUUGAAUUGUCCUGUUCUCAGCUACGAUUCAGAUUUUUAUAUAUUUGACGGUCAAUAUAUUCCAUUCGUGACAAUCACUCCCAAAGUCUACAAGAAAACUGUGAAGAGUAAUUCAUUUGAAGUUGAAAUCAUGAGAAAGAAGCAAAAAGGUCAGAAAAAUAUUAGAAGAAAGCCCAAAAAGAUUACAGUCGAGAUAGAAGGUGAAGGUGAAGAAGUUGAGGAAGUAACUUACAAUUAUCUUGACUGUUGUAUGUACACGAUAGAGAAUUUAACAGAUGGUGUUCUUGAGAACGACAUGCUUCCACUUUUCGCAAUAAUGUUGGGAAAUGAUUUUAUUUCACGAAAAUGGUUUGCAAAAUUCUUCAGAAAUGUCAGCAAACGAAGAGUGAAGAGAAGGAAAAAUCUUUCAUUGCAACAAAAGAAAAUCUACACGUUACUUGAUUGGCUUCGUCAUGAAACGCUUCGUUCAGCUAUAAGAAAGAUCCUUGAAUGUGUAAAACAUUGUCUGCGUCCAAGGUUGUGGUAUCAGAUAAGAAGUGCAAUGAAAGGCUAUCGAAUGGUUCACAGUAAAAGUUUUGAAUAUUUCGGAUUCGAAGAGCAAUCGUAUGAAUAUGAAGAGAAUUUAGUUCUUAACAUGGAUCUUGAUGAAGUGAUGGCAAAUGAUGAUGAAAGUGAAAGUGAAAACGAAUGCGAGGAAGUUGAAGAAGUUGAAGAAACGGAAGUUGAAGAAGAAGACGAAGAAGAACAAAAUUCUAGUGAACAAGAAGAAGGCGAUGAUGGUUUUGCAAUUAAAAACAGUGACGAUGACGAUUUUAAAGAGCCUGAUGAGAAAUUAAGUGAUGAAGAUGAAGAACCGGAAUUCAUUCGAAGAAGGAAAUUUGUGUUUCCUGAAUGGUUUCUUAAGAUUUACAAUUCAGCUUCAUCGCCUCGCUUUCUUGUGGAUAUUUUGAGAUGUCGACGUUACAUUAAUUAUCCUCAAGUUGAAGAGUUUAAUGGACCAGACAGCAACACAAUCUCUUAUCCAAUUUUAAAUUUUCUCUACUCAAUUCUUCAUUCACCGAAUAUUCCUCCACUUUAUUACUACACGAGAAUACCAAAACAAGUUCGGUAUGAAGUGAAAAAAAUUGAAUCAGAAAAAUUUUCAAUAGAGAAUAGUUUUGAUCCAAAUGAGAAGAAGAAUUUUCAAUUAAUGUUGAAGAUAUUUAAAAAAAAAAUUGAUAACGCUCAAGAGAUUUUUGAUGAAGUCAAGAGGAUUCCUGAAGCACAUCAACUUUACAUCCUUGCAGUGAUUUAUUGGAUGAAAAGGUCGACUAAUACAAACUUAAUUUAUCUUUUUACAUCAGUGAUUGGAUUGAUUGCAAUCAGUAUCGUUGAUAGGAAAUGCGAGAAAGUUCAUCGUGACUCGAAUAAGUUUUUGAAAAACUUUGGAACUUACUUAAAAGAACUUAAAACGAAGACAAACGAAGAAACAGAAGUAGAUGAUGUUCCAUUGAAAACACUUAUUAAGAACAUCACAAAACCAGAAGCUCUUUUGACGAUGGAGAAUCUCAUCAAAGAAUACGAGAUUAGCCCAAAGUUUCAACGCAAACAUGCUGACUUUCGUCGAACGGUUGUGCACACUUUUGCUGAACUUCAAUCAGCCGUUUUCAAUCUUUAUUCAUUAGAUCCAUUUUUGAAUUAUCCAUUUGACAAUAUUAAGAUUGAGAACUAUUUUAAUGGACUUUUCCUCUAUAAUAUGUACCUGAGUUUGAAGUCACGAGCCCAGCCAAGAGAGUACAUCAAGAAUCAUAUUUUCAAUCGAUCACCAGCCCUUAUGAAAAUAUUCAAUCAGAUCCUUGAAAUAUGCAAAAUUGCAUUACCGCAUCUAGACUUUGAUUCAACAAUUGUUGUUGAAGAUGUCGCGAAGAAAACUAAAACAAAAACCAAGAAAUCUAAAGUCAAACAAGAAACAAAAAUUGACAAUAAUGACUGCAUUGAAGAUCAAUCUGACUCUGGUAGUGAAUUUAAUGAUUUGAAUAACAAAUUUUCUCAAUUGUUGAAACUAUAGAGAACGAAAUUGAAAUGAAGAAUGAUUUUUAUUUAAAACUUAAUUAAACAUUUUCUUUUUCCACAUUUUUCAGUUAAAAUUUGAAAAUAAAGUUAAGUCGUCUUCACAUGUCAAGUUUAAAUGAAAUUUGGUACUUCAGUUGAAACUCAAAAUUGAAAUUCAUAUUUUCACUGGAAUUGCCGUACAAGUCUUUGUUUUGAUUAUUUAAAAGAAAUUUGAUAAAUCAUAUCUGAGAAAAUUUUUUUUUACAAUGGGUCGAGUAUUUCUGGAGCAUAUUGGAGGCAAUAAAUUAUACAACUGUGCACAAUGUGACACAAAUCUAACGAAUAAAAGUCAACUAAUUUCGACAAGAUUCACGGGAUCCACUGGUCGAGCUUAUCUUUUCAAGAAAGUUGUAAACCUCACAUUCAGCAAUGUCCAAGAUCGUGUGAUGCUCACUGGCCGUCAUAUGGUACGCGAUGUUAUGUGCAAAAAUUGCAAAACAAAAUUGGGCUGGAUGUAUGAAUUUGCCACAGAAGAAAGUCAACGAUACAAAGAAGGUCGAGUCAUCUUAGAACAUGCAUUAAUCACAGAAUCAGAAGGAUUCAAUGAGUUCCCGAGACCACGAAAUUACGAUGAGAAUUAAAUACUUUUAAUGUUUCAUGUUUCUCAAUUUUAACUUAAGUUAGACACUUAAUCGAAAUAAAUCAUAAGAGUGAAUGAAA